GGUCGCUCUUGCUUCCCCAGAAUGUGACGAACAGUCAACUCUUUAUACGAACUUUACCUUUUUUAUUUUUUUAUUUCUUCUUUUAUUUUCCCCUCCGUGGCUGUCAGUGAUGGAACACCAACACCAACUACAGCAGCUCCAGGUAUCGCACCAGCAGCUCCAGUCUCCCCAUCAACAGCUUCAGUCUCCCCAUCAGCAGCUCCAGUCUCCCCAUCAGCAGCUUCAGUCUCCCCAUCAGCAGCUCCAUUCUCCCCAUCAGCAGCUCCAGUUGUCUCCGCCAUUCAACUGCCACGACUGCGGCCUCGUUUUUGAUUCAAGUAAGUCCUUAGAAGUACAUCUUCAUUAUCAUAAAGAAAAUUUAGUAACUAAAUGGGGGACGGCUUCAGGUAGCGAGGACAACAACAAUGUCAAGAAAACCAGAACGCCGACAGCAGCGGAGACAUCCGAGUUCCAGUUCUUCGACUACUCGGAAAACAACUCGGCCUUCCAGAGGAUCCAGCAGAGGCCAUCGUACAGGUACCAGCCCUACACCUUUGAAAGAAUGGUUACCAGUACCCAGGUUCAGUGCGAAAAGUGCGGAUUCAUCUGUGACCAGAGUAUGCUCCCCGAACACGACGCUACCGCUCAUCCUACAUUCUUCGAAUUCAUCAAAGAGGAGCAGCAGGCCGAAAUCCUCGAUCUCGAUUCCCAUAAAGUAGUUUACCAACAACCCCAAGGAGAAGAGAAUCUGUGGUUAGAUCGGAGGUACUUCAAGGAGGAAAAUGGGAAUCAGUCACCGGAUUUCGCGAGUGUAUCGACCACCAUGUCUUCGCCUACGAGCUCAGAAGUGCCGGCGUAUUUCGAACAGCCACAAAUGAUGCAGUUGAAUUCUUCCCAGCUGCCUAAAUAUCCCGUGAUGACGAAGGGAGGAGGAGGAGGAGGAGGCGGCGCGUGGAAAUCGAACGAAGCGCGGCGACCUAAAACUUAUAACUGUAGUGCGUGCAAUAAGUGGUUUACUAGUUCCGGACACCUUAAGAGACACUAUAACACAACACUGCAUAAAAACGCUGUCAAACAAAGCGGGAUUAUGGACCCAGCGACAAUGCCGAUGAGCAGCCACCACCACCCACCUCAAACUUCACCAUUGGAGGAGAAGUUCCAAUUCCCGCCUCAACCGGAGCCACAAGAAGAUUUUCAGGAUUUUUUUCAGUACCCAAAUGGAAUGCCCCCCCACACUACGAAUUUCAAUGAGCCGCUUCCGAGUUUCGCUCAUAUUCAGAGCUCGAUAAGUGGUUUCUCGAGUGUGGGGGGGCUAUUGGCCACCGUGCAAGAGCUAGAGGUGCCGGAAGUGACAUCGACCGAACAAACAGUGGUGCACAAGUGUGUCGAUUGUGAUAAAACCUUCAAUAAAGCCUGCUACCUGACUCAGCACAACAAGAGCUUCCACUCGGGGGAGAAGCCGUUCAAGUGCCAGCGCUGCGGGAAGCGGUUCACGGCGGAGUACUUGCACCAGGAGCACUUGUCGAAGCACGCGGGGGAGAAGCCCUACAAGUGCGAGAUGUGCCCCAAGCAGUUCAACCACAAGACGGACCUCCGCCGCCACAUGUGCCUGCACUCGGGUGACAAGCCUUAUGCCUGCGACUUCUGCGGGAAAGGGUUUAUCAGGAAGGAUCACAUGUUGAAACACGCUGAGACUCACAAGAAAAAGGCCCUCGCGUCCAGUUACAAAAAAAUGGAGAUUGACCCUAGGCUCCAUCUCAGGGUAAUGUGAAAACUUAGUGCUAUUUAUAUUACAUGUGCCAAGGUAGCAAUAAUUUUUGAGAAAGUUUAAAUUAUUAAUGAAAAAUCCAUUCCACUAAUCGAAACGUGAAUUUUUGAAAAAAGUACAAAAUGAUUUUUAAUUGAAUAUUGAUAUUUUGAAGUAUUAGAUGUAUUUUAGAAAUAGGUUGAAAGUUGUGUCUCGUGACCCUUUUUACCCGAGUUUUUUGAGAUUUUUAUUGUUUGUUUUAUGAAAUUGCCAGGACCCGUUUAAGACUAAUCAUUUAUUUUACCAUUUAUACAAAAUUUUACCAUGAAAUGUUUUUUUAAGUUUCCAUACAUAUCAGUAUUAAUUAAAAUGGACAGCCCAGAACUGUGAUAUAAAUAAAUAUGUAAAUUUUGAUUUGUUUUACAUGUGUUUUAGUUAAAAUGUUUCAAUGAACACAUGAUGACCUACUACCUCGUAGAAAUGUAGGAUAUUAAAUAAAAUAUAUAUAUGUAUGUUAACAUUUUUGUAUACACUGACAAGACUGAGAAACUUGUUUUUAUCUAUAAAACAAAUGUUCCUUUUUUAUUAUUUAAGUUUCUUUAAAACAAUUGAUGGUUUUUGUUCCUGGAAUUUUUUUAAAUAGUUUUUUU